AACUGUCAAAAUCAUAAUUUUAUCUCCUAAAAUUUUAUUAAUAAUUUAUUAUUGCCUACAUAAUGCCAUCAGACUUCAGCAUUAUUUUAUAAAUUUGCAAUUCAGUUAAUAGUAUUUUUAUACGUUAUUGUAUUUGGAAUGGUUUCAAGUUUUAUUAACCACCAUAUUGUUACAAACUUCAGUGUUUAAGUAGUUAUUUGAUUAAGUGUGUAGACGUAAAAAAUAAAUAAAAUAAAAAUGAAUGUUAUACAGGCAGUUAAAAUGUAUAUAACUAAGAUGACCGAAGAAAGUGGACCAGGCAUGAAAGUAAUCUUAAUGGAUAAAGACACAACCAGCAUCGUCAGUAUGGUCUUUAGCCAAUCAGAAAUAUUACAAAAGGAAGUGUAUUUAUUCGAAAGGAUUGAUAGUCAAACAAAGUGGGAUAAUUUGAAACAUAUGAAAUGUAUCGUCUUCUUGAGACCGACCUCAGAGAAUAUUGCCUUGCUGUCACGAGAACUACGAUGUCCAAAAUAUGGUGUUUACUUUAUAUAUUUCAGCAAUGUGGUGUCAAAGGCUGAUAUAAAGACAUUAGCUGAGUGUGACGAGCAGGAAGCGGUCCGAGAGGUCCAAGAGACAUUUGCCGACUACCUAGCUGUGGAUCGUCACUUGUUUUCAUUCAAUAUUGUAGGCUGUUUGCAUGGCCGUAAUUGGAAUCAGCAGCACUUACAGCGCUGCUCACAAGGGCUGCUGGCUCUGUUGCUGUCGCUAAAGCGUCGGCCCGUGAUCCGCUACGAGGCGGGGUCGGAGGCCUGCUCGCGGCUGGCGGAGCGCGUCCGCGAUCUCGUGCGGCGAGAGGCCGUGUUGAUGGAUAACAACAUACCUUUCAACGGGGACCUGCCGACCCCUCAGCUGCUCAUACUGGACAGGCGAGACGACCCAGUGACGCCGUUGUUAACCCAGUGGACAUAUCAAGCGAUGGUGCACGAGCUGCUCACUAUCAACAAUAAUCGCGUGAGUCUGGCCGACGUGCCCGACGUGCCCAAGGACUUCCGGGAGGUGGUGUUGGCGCCGGAGCAGGACGAGUUCUACGCUAAGAACUUGUAUUCCAAUUUCGGUGAGAUUGGGCAAACUAUGAAGUCUCUCAUGGACGAGUUCCAAAAGAAGGCCAAGAGUCAUCAAAAAGUGGAGAGUAUUGCAGACAUGAAGAACUUUGUUGAAACAUAUCCAUUGUUUAAGAAAAUGUCGGGCACGGUGACGAAGCACGUGACGGUGGUGGGCGAGCUGUCGGCGCGCGUGGCGGGGCGCUCGCUGCUGCGCGUGUCGGAGCUGGAGCAGGAGCUGGUUUGCCAGUCCGACCACGCCGGCCACCUGCAGCGGCUGCAGGCGCUGCUGGGCGACGAGACGGUGCGGCCCAGCGAGCUGUGGCGGCUGGUGGCGCUGUACGCGCUGCGCUACGAGCGCCACGCGGGCAACGCGCUGGGUGCGCUGGUGCAGGCGCUGAAGGCGCGCGGGGAGGCGGCGCCGCCCGUGCUGGCGCUGGAGUACGGCGGCGCGCACGCCCGCCAGUCCGACCUCUUCGGCCUGCAGGACGCCGCCAAGAUCACCAAGAGGCUUUUCAAGGGCCUGAGUGGCGUCGAAAACAUAUAUACGCAGCACACACCCCUCCUCAAGGACACGCUGGAGGACCUGAUUAAGGGAAAACUUCGCGAAAACCUGUAUCCCGCGGUCGGGGGUGACUAUCUGUCUUCGGGCAAACGACCACAGGACAUCAUCGUUUUCAUCGUCGGAGGCGCCACCUACGAGGAGUCUCUGUGUGUCCACCAAAUUAACCAAGCGUAUCCAGGUGUCAGAGUGGUACUCGGUGGUACCACCAUACACAAUUCCGCGUCGUACUUGGAGGAGAUUAGGCAUGCGAUGCAAGGUGUGCAUAGAACGCAUACAAGACAUAUUCGGAAUAUAUAAAUGUCUUGAUGAUUUGAUAAUUGUAUAUUAUGUAAUUUAUUGCUAUAAAAACUACGUAAUAUAACUUUAAUAUUAUUAAGCAUAUUAACAGUCGGUUUCUGCUAAAAUUCUACUUUUUCGUCUAUACUAAUAUUAUAAAUGUGAAACUCUUGUCUGUCUAUCUGUCGCUCUUUCACUACCAAACCAAUGAACCGAAUUUGAUGAAAUUUGGUAUGAAGCAAACUUGAACUUCAAGGAAGGACA